AAGCGUUUUUUUCACAUUGAAGGCAACGCAUUGCAGCUGAUCCCAGGUCCAGUCCUGUCCUGCUUUGUGGUGUUUGCAGUAGCUGCCUGUGUGGACAGAGAGAGACGGUGAGGCAGUGAAGAGCAAAAAAACAAGCAGACUGCAGAUUCACUGUGGAGAAAAGGUGAGACAGUAAAGAUGAAGGCCUGCUUAAGAAUGCUCAAGUAGUAAGUGAUGGAGUCAAUUCAGUAUGACCGGUUUACAUCGUCUGAGAGUGAGAUCCCUGAACACAUGGGGCCUCCUCCUUCCACACCAAAUCGACAGGACAGGAGGAUUUUCAUCAUGUUUGGAGUCCUGUCUCUAUUUCUUCUUACUUUAACACUUGCAGUGGGAAUUAAAUUCACUCAGGUCAGUAUGCAGGUUUCUGAUCUGAUGGAGUCAUUGGAUGUGGUCAGCACUUCCAUUAAAGUACUACAGAAAGGUAGUUCUACCUAUCCUGAGCUUAUAAUACCAGUCAGAGGUCCCUGUGAAGAUGACUGGACCUUUUUUAAAGACAAGUGCUACUUUGCCUCCAAACUAAGGAAGAGCUGGGAGGAUGCAGAAAAAAACUGUGUCCAGCGGAAUGCACACUUACUGGUGGUGAAUGAUGCAGAAGAACAGGACUACAUAUCUCAGGUCAUUGAAAUGGGUACCAAUUUCUGGAUUGGUCUGGUGGAGAGAGAAGAGGGAACGUGGAGUUGGGUAGAUGGAACAGAUUACACAAAAACUAAGCACUUCUGGGAUGAUGGUCAGCCUGAUAACUGGGAUGUUCGCCUGAAUGGAGAGGACUGUGGUCAGCUUCAUUCUCGAAGCCAGGUGACCCACAGGCCGUGGAAUGAUGCGGACUGUUCGCUGGCUUACAAAUACAUUUGUGAGGGAAGUCCCAGGAGACACCAAUCGCACGCAUAGCUGCAGAAACGGUUUUAUCCUCGACCCCUUUACAUCAGACUGGGGUUAUUAAGUCCUUACAAAGAGAGAAAUACACACAUAUACAGACUUUCACACAUAAACCACAAUACACAGUUCAAAACAGAUGCUCUGUGCUGGAUGUGAAAGGGGCCGUCAGUUGUUUUGGGUUUUAUGAAUAUAAUAGCGAGAAUAUACAAUACUUACUUCUUAUUACAAUAUGUUAUAAGUGUGAAAUAAUGUGUGCUGUUCAUUAUUUGAUGACUUUAUCAUGUACAUUUUUGGAAAACUGUGUGAGAAUAAAGAGGAAUAGGGGGGAAACCUCA